AUAACGAUAAACGAUAACAAACUUAUUUUAUAUAGCUCAAAAGCCUAGCAAAAUAAGAAGUAUAUGAAACAAUAAUAUUCAUUUUAAAUCCUACAUCUACAAGUUGUUUUUGUAACCACAUACACAUUACCACAACAAAUGUGAACGCAAGCGCUGCCAGAGCGCCGAACUACAACAUCGCACAAAAUAGCCAGCAAAUUUCAAUUUCCGUCAUCUUGAAGACUUUGCCAGCCACAAAUAGAGCUCCAGGAUGAAUGCAAUGCGACAGUUCUAUAUGGAAGUGCCCAUAGUGACAAGGGCAUAUACCACAGUCUGUGUGCUCACAACGCUGGCGGUGCAUUUGGAUCUAGUCUCGCCGCUUCAGUUGUACUUUAAUCCCACACUGAUUGUACGCAAAUUUCAAAUCUGGCGUCUGGCCACCACAUUCCUCUACUUUGGUACCAUUGGCAUCAGUUUCUUCUUCAAUAUGAUAUUCACUUAUCGCUAUUGUCGCAUGUUGGAGGACGGCUCCUUCCGCGGGCGCAGCUCUGAUUUCGUGAUGAUGUUCAUCUUUGGCGGCGUGCUGAUGACAUUCUUUGGCAUCUUCGUCAAUCUGCUGUUCCUCGGCCAGGCAUUCACGUUAAUGCUGGUCUAUGUGUGGUCCAGGCGAAAUCCUUUAGUGCCCAUGAAUUUUUUCGGUGUGCUCAACUUUCAGGCGCCGUAUCUACCUUGGGUACUGCUCUGCUGCUCCAUGAUAUUGGGCAAUACCAUUUGGGUGGAUAUCAUUGGCAUGGGCGUUGGCCACAUCUACUAUGUGCUCGAAGAUGUCUAUCCCAACCUAUCAAACGGCUUCCGACUGAUUAAGACACCGUAUUUUCUGAAAAGACUCUUCAAUGAACACAUUGAACGCAAUUACCAAGCCGCUGCCGAAGAUCGCCCUGGUGGCUUUAUGUGGGGCGGCGAGGGGCAGCCAGCGGAGCCAGCAACCCCGGCCGAGGCCAAUGAAGCACCAGAUGCACCUGAGCAGCCCGCAGCAGCGGCAGCGCAAUAACAAAAACAAGCAAGCAGCGUGUGUGGUUGUUAAAUUAUUAAGAAGAAAAAAAAGAAGACACAAAAACAAAUAGCAUUUGGACGAGACUUAAAUGUUAAGAACCCUCCGCCACCUUUCACCUGGUGCUUGGUUAGAUUAGCUACAUAUUGAGAUACAGAGAACGAAACAAGCGAGUGGCGUGCAAUAGUUAGCCAAAGUUGAAUUCAAGUAUGUGUGUGCACUAUUGUUCGAUUCGAGUUCCAUACUUAAUUGUACAAUUUAAUGCAAUUGGCCUUAAGUUUCCAUUUGAAUGAUUCAGCACAUGUGAUUAUAUAUAUGUAGGUAUAUAUAUAUAUAUAUAUAUAUAUAUAUAUAUAUAUAUAUUUAUGAAAGAAAAACACAUUAAACACGGUAACAAAUGAAAAUAAAUAAAUGUCUAAUUAGAAAUCUGUUAAACUGUCA